AGUGACGAUUCUGUGCUAUCGAGAUUACGUGUUCCAACUGUAUAGUUACCGUCACAGAGCCUUAGGUAUCGUUUAUGAACCAUUUCUGGAACGAUUUUUUCGAUACUUGUUUUAUAAUAUAUAACUUAGGCAACACUUUAUACAUGUAAAUGAUUCAUUUACUCAUUUUUUGACCUUCAACAAAUGAACGUAAAUCUUGAUGUUACAUUUUGCAUCUAGACUAUCAAUUCAGUGAAUUGUGUAAUUAUGGUGUUUGUAAGACCAACAAUUGAAAUACCACUUAUUUUAUUUUCCUUCACUUUUGAGUUAUUAGGCCCCGUUAAUACUAAUUUGAUGUUAUAUCGUACCUGUUACGUUAUACUGGGAUUCAAUCAGUCAGAAUGUGCUUUACUAGGAAAUACUGAAGAUAAUAAUGAAACUAAAGCUUUAGAAGAGAAAGUGCAGCCCAUGUAUAACGUCAUAGAAACCACAAGAUCUAUGGUAGAAAAUGUAAUUGGAUUGGCGUUGUGUUUGUUUCUCGGGCCUAUUUCCGAUAAAUUCGGAAGAAAACCAAUUAUAUUAAUAUCUCAUACAGGUAUGGUUUUUGCUUUAAUGAUAAUGACUGUACUAAGUUAUUUUCCAAAUGUAAGUCCUUGGUAUUUUAUGUUAUCUUCAAUACCAUCUAUGUUAACCGGGGGUUCUGCUGCGUUUUUCGUUAGUCUAUUAUCUUAUAUUUCCGAUAUAAGCACUAAUGAAACUAGAGGAAUGAGAAUGGCAUUAUUUGAGGCGAGCUUUUCAAUUGGUAUGCUUAUAGGAAACUUUUCAGGUUCCUAUAUAUUUUACGCUACAAAUUACCCCGCUGUUUACGCCAUAGCAAUGGUAUUAAUAAUUUUAAAUAUAACGUAUAUUUAUUUCUUUGUACCUGAAUCGACGCAUGAUAAUAUAAAUCGCGAGUUUCGAUUUAAAGAAUUGUGUAACGUAGUCGAUCUAAAAGAAAUGUUCAAGGUACUUGUAAAAGCUAGAGAAAAGUACAAUAGAAGCAUAAUUAUGCUAAUAACCGCAAUUUUAACAGUGCACGUUUUCCUUUCGAACGGCGAUUCGAAAUUAUAUUUAUUAUUAAGAGACAAAUUCGGAUGGAAUUAUACACAUUAUACAUACUACAGUGGUGUUAGUAAUUUACUAUUCACUUUAGGUACCAUCAGUGGUACGUACAUUUUACAAAAUUUGUUAAAUGUUACCGAAUCCGUUGCCAUAUUACUCGGCAUUAUUUCCGCGAUGAACGGUUAUUUGAUUAGAGGAUUGGCAACUACGGAUUUUCACAUCUACUUCAGUGUUGUUGUUAAAUUAUUAGGAGCAAUAAUAAGUCCGCAAUGUCGUACGUUGGUAGCAAAACUAGUACCAGCCGAUGAAAUUGCGAAAAUAUUCUCUUUGAUAAUUUUUGUUCAGUUUAUUGUAUCAAUAGCUGCGUCCCCGUUUUACACAAUGAUAUAUAACAUAACUGUAAAUACAAAUCCAGCUGAAUAUAAUUUCGUUUCUGCUGGAUUAUUCAGCAUUGAUAUAAUUUUGAUAUUAGUUGUUAUGGUAUUGGAAUUCAAAUCCACUGUGAAUUAUGAAAAAUUGAAAAAUGAAGAAUCAGUUAUUGAAUCCGAUCAAGUGAUAGAAACUUGAUUUAUGUUUUGAUUCUCAGUAACUGCGAAAUUACAUAGAUAAAACGAUAAAAUAUAUUUAGAAAUACUCUUUAUUUGAUUGAAUUUGUGAACUUUUACUACUUAGAGGUGCUACUUUAAUAAUUUUAGUGAUUUUAUCGUGAAAUGUGAUAAUUUUUUAUAAAAUAAUGUUACGACCUGAAAUUGUGAUAAAUAUAAAUAUUUUAUAUAGAAAAAUAAAGUAUACAGAAUUAUAAA